GUAUUAACGCGCUGAUGUGUAAUGACGCUGUUUAAACAGCAGGCGGCACUGUGUAACACAUGACGUAAUCCUUUGGCAUCAGGUGACUUACCCGGAAGAGAGAGACGAGACUUCACGGGAACAACAGCGAUCAAAACACGAUCCUGCAGCUGGAUUUUAAUUUGAAAUAUCAGCGCGAAGGAAGUAUGGAGGAUGAUGAACUUCCGUCAGAGGAUGGGAUGGGUGGGUGUGGCUUUCUACUUGCUGCUCAGCGUCAUGGCGGCGUACUACAUCUUUGAGGUCCACAGCUUUAGUUUGGAACGUGUGCAGAGAGCAGGUACCAGCCCAUCGGCUCCACCUCCUGCUAUCACUGUCCAUGGAUCACUACUUCCUGUGUGGAUGUGGGCAUUGAUCUUCCUGCUGCCAUACUUGCAGCUCUUUCUCUUCUUGUUCUCGUGCACAAGGGCGGACCCCCGCGCUGUUGGAUACUGUGUGCUUCCUGUCUGUAUCGCCCUUCUGUACAGCCGCCGCCAUGCCGCCAAAUUGGCCAAUCACAGGGCAGCAGGAUCGCUCAUCGACACGUAGGGGACGACCAA